AAUAUGAUAAACGUCUUCUACAUAGUAACUUAAUAUAUUAUGAAGCAGAAUAAGGCUCUGAAAAGAAAGCCCCAAUGGACGGACAAUGUUACACCCACUAAGCGGAAACGCACGCUGCCUGCAUCCUCUCCGCUCAAGAAACGCGCCAAGGAGGUUGACGUCAGUGGGAAGGGAAAUUUGGCAUCAGCAUUUGUUCCGAAGAAGCACCCGACUGACGGGCAGGAUGAGAGCACGAGACCUUUUAUUAAGACAUCCAGCUUGUUUAAAAACAACCCCGAGAUUCCAGAAAUCCCCAGAGGUGCAGUGCAGCUGGUGCAAGAAAAGGUUUUCACUUCCGAUUCUUUCACCCAGCUGGAUCUUCAUCCCCAUCUGGUAUCCACAAUAACCACUGUUUUGAAGAUGUCUAGUAUGACUAGUGUCCAGAAGCAAACUAUUCCUGUGCUGCUACAAGGCAAGGAUGCCCUGGUGAGAUCCCAGACAGGUUCAGGUAAAACUCUGGCCUAUGGCGUCCCACUGGUUCAGUCCUUGCAGGGGAUGAAGUCAAAAAUACAGCGCAGCGAUGGGCCUUAUGCACUUAUAUUGGUUCCAACAAGAGAGCUAGUAUUACAGAGUUUUGAUACAGUCCAGAAAUUGCUUAAGCCAUUUACCUGGAUUGUGCCUGGAGUGCUAAUGGGGGGAGAAAAGAGGAAAUCGGAAAAAGCCAGAUUACGUAAAGGAAUAAAUAUCCUCAUUUCAACUCCCGGCCGCCUGGUUGAUCACAUCAAGUCUACAAAGUGCAUUCACUUCCAUCGUACCCAAUGGCUGGUUCUUGACGAGGCAGACAGGAUCCUGGACAUGGGCUUUGAGAAGGAUGUGACUGUCAUACUUAAUGCCUUAAAUGCAGAGAGAGAGAAGCGGCAGACUGUCUUGCUCUCUGCCACGCUCGCACCAGGUGUAACAAGGUUGGCCGAUAUCAGUCUGAACGAUCCAGUCAGCAUUUCUGUUGUGGAUGAAACCUGGGACAGAACUGAACCUGAGCUGGAACCAGUUCAGGGAGCAGUUUGUUCCCCAGUUAACAUGGGGCACAGCAGCUUUGCUGUACCAGAGAAGCUCAAGCAGCAUGUGGUGGUUGUUCCCAGCAAGUUGAGGCUUGUCACCUUAUCAGCUUUUAUCCUCGGGAAGUGCAAGUUUGAAAAAUGCCACAAGAUGAUCAUCUUUUUCUCCAGCUGUGAGCAAGUGGAAUUCCACCAUGAACUCUUCCUAAAAGUCCUGUUGGGAGGUGCAGAGUCUGACCAGCCUGGGCAUCCACUGCCUUCAUUCCCAGGCCUGAGGUUCCUCCGACUACAUGGCAACAUGGACCAGGAGGAAAGGACUGCGGUAUUCCAGGAGUUCCUACAGGCCAAGGCUGGCAUCUUACUCUGCACAGAUGUUGCUGCCCGUGGGUUGGACCUGCCUCAAGUCACCUGGAUUGUUCAGUACAACGCUCCGGUUUCACCUGCGGAAUACGUCCACCGGAUCGGAAGGACGGCUCGGAUUGGCUGUCACGGGAACAGCCUGCUCAUCCUGAUUCCUUCGGAGGCAGAAUAUGUCAACUCGCUGGCUUCUCACAAGAUUAAGGUCUCAGAAAUGAAGAUGGAGGACAUUUUGGCCAACUUAGUGAAGGACGAUCGUUUCAAGGGGCGCCAAUGGGGAAACAAAAAAUCCCGUGGCACAAACCCCCAGGAAGUGCGGGAGCGGGCAACGGUCUUGCAGACGGAAUUUGAAAAUUACGUGCACUCCAGCGGAGAAAAGGUCCGGUGGGCAAAGAAAGCCCUGCAGUCUUUCCUUCGUGCAUAUACCACCUACCCCAAGAGCCUAAAGCACAUCUUCCACAUCAAAGCCCUCCAUCUGGGUCAUGUUGCCAAGACCUUUGGCCUGAGAGACGCUCCCCAGAACCUCAGUACCUCCAUGGCUGCCAGCUCCAAGAAGAAAACUAAACUCAAGCCACAAAGGCCCGACCUUCACAAGAGGACCCAAGGCAAACGCCGCCUUGCUGAAAUCUUGCGCUCUGAAUAUUCAAGUGGGAUGGACUCUAAUGUAUCCAAGGUCAAGAGGAAGAAAAGACACAGAAAACCUGGCAACCAGGAAACGCUGAGCUGAACUGGGAGUUUCCAAUCCUCCGCUGCAAAAACUGGUUUCAGAGAACGCCAGGGACAGGGGACAGAGUGACAUGUAAAGCAAGCUGACGAGCAUUGGGAUUUAGCAGAGAAUUGUUCAAAGGCUUAAAGCCUUGGGGAGCUGAGCCUUACAGGAUGAAUGGGACUGAAUUCAGACACGUCCUGUUCUCAGCAAAGAAUGCUCCAUUCCAAUUAAAUGCAGCUUCCCGGAGAUGCACUAAGUUUCCAAGUUUUGCAGUUUUAACUCCGUGACAAUUUGCUUUUGUUAGGAAAAUGUCAGAGAGGUGAGAUGCAGCGUAGAGGGCAACAUACAACGCCCUGCCAAUAAGUGCACUUCACCUGGGAUGAGAAAGGAACUGAAUUCACAGGAGUGAUUGUUUUAAAAGCCUAUAGGGACUAAUGCCUCUUUUUUUAACCACAGAAAGUUAAUUUAACUCAGUGAGUGUUCGCCCCAAGAGCCAGGUAUAACCACUCGUCCUCUGCAGGGACCUGCUCAUUUCACUCGGGCUCUCCAGAGAGGCAAAUGGUGCUCAGUGUGAGCAGAGGUAGCAAAGUGUGACCCUUGUUUGCUUAGUCUGCAUUUAACAAGCAUGGGACCCUUUGUCAGCCCUGUACUGUCAGUGGUGCGGGGGCCAUACCUUGAUGGCGCUCAAGGUAAUGGCAAAGCUCCCAUUUACUUGGGAAAAGGAUUUGUUCCUGUCUGUAACCAGACACAGCCCACAUGAUACAGUUGUGAGUCCUUGCUCAGGCACUCUUUAUACGUAGGGUUUGGGCCUGAGUCAUUGAGCAUGGAGCUGUUCGGGGUUGCAAAAAGCAUCUCCCAUCUCAGCACACUGAAGGCUUUGCGGAGUAUUUCUAACGCUUGCCAAUAAUCCAUCAUUUUGGAAAGGCGUUACUCCCUCUGAAAAGUGUAGUUAAUCGCCCCUUACCACAGCUCUUUUUAAAUAUCCAUUCCCCCUUUCAGAGCCUUUUCUGGGCUAGUUGAUUUUUCUCUCUGUUUCUUCCCUGUUUAUUGCCUUUGAAGCAGGAAGACAUCAGUAGCUUGGGCUUUUUCCUUUCUUCAUUCCCAGUCAGGUCCUGGUAGGGCUGGGAGUGCUGUGGUGUGCUCCAAGCCAGGCUGUAUUUGGGCCUCAUUCAUCAUUACCCUGAACUCAGGCUGGACCCCGCUUAGCCUCGGUGAAGUUGUACACAGCUUCCCUGCUUUUAAUAAGGCUACAUAUGAAAGCCCACCCCACUAUCAGCUCUGAGUACCGGGCUCACCUCAAUCUCUCUUCUCCACUAUAACCAGUAAGCAUCAGACACACUUAAAAGGGGGAAAAAAAGCCCUGCCCAAUGUACAUGCAGCCCUCCCUCUCCAGAGAAGACCAGAGCAGGAACAAACUGCACGUGUGACGCAUGCUGGUUACAUCCCCGAGUGCCCAGGUGGAUACGGUGGUAGUGGUACAAGCGCUUAUGUAGAAUAGAAGGCACAGCCUGGCAGAGGGGGCUGUAAGAUGUCCCCAUAUCAAAUUGCAGCGAUAUAAGUGAUGGCACAUGGCGUUAGGCAAGAAUGAGUCAGGCCAUACGGUGCAGAAAAAGAGCAGCCAAUCCAAAAGAUUUCUCAACUGGGUACAACUUUGGAGAACCAGAAUGCAUCUGCCUUUUUCCCUCCCAGGCAAUUACUGAACUGCAACUUCCUGGCUUCAUGUUUUUCGCAGCAGGAGAGGGUUUUUUUGGACACUUGAAAAAGACGAAUUUAAAAGAGCCUCAGCUAUAAAACAAACCAAGUGAUGGACAGAGAGUACAAGGGACUGAUGAGGCUAAAAUUAAAUAAAAAGUGUUAUUAUUAUUAUUAUUUGGAAGGGCAAUACGGUUUAAGGCAAAUGUCAACUUAAAAAAAAACCCCGAGGAUGAAAAUGACUCAGAAUGUGAUGCCGAGAGGAUAAGCUUGGGAAGAAUUGAUCUUGUGCAGGAGGUAAAAAAAAAAAAAAAAAAAGUAUGACCUUCUCCAAGCUGACUGUCACAUAAGAAUUAAUGGGAACUAUUGGUGAAUUUAUAAUAAUUGGAAGAAAAAGCCGACAGCACGUCAGUUAGACUUUAGGAAAUCUUUUCGCCCUCUGUAUUAUUGGGGCGUGUAAUUCUACAAAUGGUUUUGAUGAAAUAAUGAGUGAUUACUCUUUUUUUACCUACAGGCCUUUCUCUUUAAGGCUCACCAUCUUUUACCUGAUAGCUCUGGAUUAAUAGUGAGUGAUUACAGAAGGGAGGAAGGGGGAGAUUAUCGGAAAAUGUUGAAGGCAAUAUGUGUAUACCUACAGAGAGGCCAGGCCAAGUUUGCCAGAGAUGAACUUCUGCAGAUGUGCAACUUCUGGCUGGCCAUUCACAGGGAGAACUAAAUUCUGCCCUCCGUUAGAUUUAUGCGACCCUGUGGAUUACACUGUCUGGCCACUGUCUGUCUCCUGAUCUGCUUUACUACUUUCCCACCCAGCUGGUUUAGGAAGAAGGACUUCACAGUUUUAAGGUUAAUUUUAGCUAAAACGUAAACCACCUUUUCAAUAAAUCGGUAUCAGAUUGUCACCCUUGGCAUAGAAAUUCUAGAUUAGUUGAACAAAAGCCUCAGUAUAAUUCAGCUGCACAUGCAUUGACUUGGGCCCGGUUUUUAAAUUAAGACUAGCAGAAGGGGCUUUAUUUUAUCGUCGACUCUUAAUUUGAUUUCUGAGCGGCGUUCGAUUUAAAACCUGAUGACAGGAUAAAGUUUCAGCUUUUUAACUUCCUGCUAGUCCUGCCUUUUCUGCACAUCCAGAGCUGCAUUUGUGUGCGCUUCUGAGAGCCCUCUUCUUGUCUGACUGCUGGAGUCGGGAAUGCUCGCUCUCAGGAAAAGCUCCUGCUCUGUUUCAUCCGUGCUCUUGGGUUUGUGUUUACUAAGAUGAUCGGCUCCUGGAGACAGGGACCGCAGCUCUGUGUGUCAGUCUUGUGUGCUGCACCGAAUAAUACCAAUAAUAAGGGCCAAACCCUACCUGCCUUUUAAAGCUCGAAAGGGUCCUGCCAGAGCAGAGGAAGAAUGAUGGGGGAGAAGAAAUGCCACCAGGCAGAUAAAGGCUUGAGGGGCUAGGGGUGAGACCUCAGCAUGUACCUAUGCUGAUCUGUCAGACCUUGAUCUCUCCAGAGGCUUCAUAUGCCAGGUACCCAGUUGUACACACGUACUGAUUUCUGUAGGGCAGAAUUGGGUCCCAGACUCAGGUUCCUGCGUCCUUCAGGUUAGACCCAUUUUAACCUGUCACGUUCUUGCUAUCCAAGGAGAAAGCCAGAAUGAAAGAACCCAGCCAUUAAUGCACUAUCCCAGAACGGCUC